CCCUGCAGCCCCGGCCGCCCGGCGAGUCGCUCAGAGCCGCGGCUCCGGUGCCUCGAAGCGAGUGGUGCCCCGCGCUCUGCCUGCUCCGUGCGAGGCUCGCCCAGCAGCGGCGAGUGACCACGGAGCCGCCGCCGCCCGCCGACCCUGUGCACCGUGCCAGCCGCGCCGACCCUGCGCCACCAUGCCCAGGGCCACUGUGCUCUGGGCCCUGGUUUCCCCGCUGCUGCCGCCCCUGGUGCUGCUGCUGUGCGCGCUGCCCCGCGGCGCCGGGGUGCUCGAGGAGCGCGCAGAUGCCGCUCCGGACUACUCGGCUCUGGCAGGCGAGGAGGGCGCGGACCCGCGGCCGGAGCGGUACCACGACCCGUGCAAAGCUGCUGUGUUCUGGGGGGAUAUUGCUCUGGAUGAAGAUGAUCUGAAGCUGUUCCACAUCGACAAGGCCCAAGACAGGACCAAGCCAUCAGGGCAGGAAAUGGGACAUAGCACUGGUGGGGUUGGAGAGCAGCCGUCUGAGAACUGGCCAAACACGACUGCCUUGAAUACCAGCAGCCACCAGGCUAGAAAGGAUGGUAAGGAGGAUGCCACACUUCCUCCCAGCCCUGAGACCUUGAAUGCUACAGCCAAGACCUUUUCUUCCCGGGUCCGAAGAGCCACGACUUCAAGGACAGAGAGGAUAUGGCCUGGAGGGGUCAUCCCUUACGUCAUUGGAGGAAACUUUACUGGCAACCAGAGAGCCAUUUUUAAGCAGGCCAUGAGACACUGGGAGAAGCAUACCUGUGUGACCUUCAUAGAGAGGACCGACGAGGAGAGCUUUAUUGUGUUCAGUUAUAGAACCUGUGGCUGUUGCUCUUACGUUGGACGCCGAGGAGGGGGUCCACAGGCCAUAUCCAUUGGGAAAAACUGUGACAAGUUUGGCAUUGUGGCUCACGAGCUGGGCCAUGUGGUUGGGUUCUGGCAUGAACACACACGGCCAGAUAGAGACCAACAUGUUACCAUCAUCCGAGAAAACAUCCAGCCAGGUCAGGAGUAUAAUUUCUUAAAAAUGGAAGCUGGGGAAGUGAGCUCUCUGGGAGAGACAUAUGACUUCGACAGCAUCAUGCACUACGCCCGGAACACCUUCUCCAGAGGAGUUUUCUUAGACACCAUCCUCCCCCGUCGAGACGACAGUGGCAUCCGGCCAACCAUUGGCCAGCGUGUGCGGCUCAGCCAGGGAGACAUAGCUCAAGCUAGGAAGCUGUACAAAUGCCCAGCAUGUGGGGAGACCCUGCAGGACACAACAGGAAACUUUUCUGCACCUGGCUUUCCAAAUGGCUACCCUUCCUACUCCCACUGCGUCUGGAGGAUCUCCGUCACCCCAGGGGAGAAGAUCAUCCUAAACUUCACAUCCAUGGAUUUGUUUAAGAGCCGUUUGUGCUGGUACGACUAUGUGGAGGUCCGGGAUGGGUACUGGAGGAAAGCCCCCCUGUUGGGUAGGUUUUGUGGUGACAAAGUCCCUGAGCCCCUCAUCUCCUCAGACAGCCGGCUCUGGGUGGAGUUCCGAAGCAGCAGCAACAUCCUGGGCAAAGGUUUCUUCGCAGUGUACGAAGCUACAUGUGGGGGAGACAUUAACAAAGAUGCUGGCCAGAUCCAAUCUCCCAACUACCCGGAUGACUACAGCCCUUCCAAGGCAUGCGUGUGGAGGAUCACGGUGUCGGACGGGUUCCAUGUGGCACUCACCUUCCAAGCGUUUGAGAUUGAAAGGCAUGACAGCUGUUCAUACGACUACCUGGAAAUCCGCGAUGGCCCCACGGAGGAGAGCGCUCUGAUUGGUCACUUCUGUGGCUACGAGAAGCCAGAGGAUGUGAAGUCCAGCUCGAAUAGACUGUGGGUGAAGUUUGUGUCUGAUGGCUCCAUCAACAAGGCGGGCUUUGCGGCCAACUUUUUCAAGGAGGUAGAUGAGUGCUCCUGGCCAGACCACGGCGGAUGUGAGCAGCGCUGCGUCAAUAUGCUCGGCAGCUACAAGUGUGCUUGUGACCCCGGCUAUGAGCUGGCUGCUGAUAAGAAGACAUGUGAAGUGGCCUGUGGCGGUUUCAUUACCAAGCUAAACGGAACCAUCACCAGCCCUGGGUGGCCAAAGGAGUAUCCCACGAACAAGAACUGUGUCUGGCAGGUGGUGGCCCCCGCCCAGUACCGCAUCUCCCUGCAGUUUGAAGUGUUUGAACUGGAAGGCAAUGAUGUCUGUAAGUACGACUUUGUGGAGGUGCGCAGUGGCCUGUCCCCUGAUGCCAGGCUGCAUGGCAAAUUCUGUGGUGCGGAGACGCCUGAGGUCAUCACCUCACAGAGUAACAGUAUGCGCGUGGAGUUCAAGUCUGACAACACUGUCUCCAAACGUGGCUUCCGGGCCCACUUCUUCUCAGACAAGGAUGAGUGCGCCGAGGACAAUGGUGGCUGCCAGCACGAGUGUGUCAACACGUUGGGAAGCUACCUGUGCCAGUGUCUGAAUGGCUACCGGCUCCACGACAAUGCGCGUGACUGCAAGGAGGCUGGCUGUGUGCACAAGAUCAACAGUGCAGAGGGGACCCUGGCGAGCCCCAACUGGCCUGACAAGUAUCCGAGCCGGAAGGAGUGUACCUGGAACAUCUCUUCCACAGCAGGACACAGGGUGAAGCUCAUGUUCAAUGAGUUUGAGAUUGAGCAGCACCAGGAAUGUGCCUAUGACCACUUGGAAAUGUACGAUGGACCUGACAGCCUGGCACCCAUCCUCGGCCGCUUCUGUGGCAGCAACAAACCUGACCCGGUGGUGGCUUCAGGCAGUAGCCUGUUCCUGAGGUUCUAUUCGGAUGCUUCGGUGCAGAGGAAGGGCUUCCAGGCAGCACACAGCACAGAGUGUGGGGGCAGGCUGAAGGCUGAAGUGCAGACCAUGGAGCUCUAUUCCCAUGCCCAAUUUGGGGACAACAACUACCCGACCCAGGCCCACUGCGAAUGGGUUAUAGUGGCAGAGGACGGCUAUGGUGUGGAGUUAAUAUUCCAGACCUUCGAAGUUGAGGAGGAAGCCGACUGUGGCUACGACUACAUGGAGGCGUACGAUGGCUACGACAGCUCAGCACCGAGGCUUGGCCGCUUCUGUGGCUCUGGGCCAUUAGAAGAAAUCUAUUCGGCCGGGGAUUCCCUGAUGAUACGGUUCCACACGGAUGACACUAUCGGCAAGAAAGGCUUUCAUGCUCGAUACACCAGCACCAAGUUCCAGGAUGCUCUGCACAUGAAAAAAUAGCACCAAAGUCCUUGAAAGACAGGAACCGAGAAUGUUUCUACAGUAGCACCUUGAGAAUCAGCCCUAAAACAAGUGUAUAGUAUUUUUCUCAAGCAAAAACCCAAAAUCUAGUAUUCAAGGUACAUAUCUGGAAGAGAGUACAUCUAAGUCUGGCCAACAAGAAGGAGAGUAAAUGUUCUUUUGGUUCCAGCUACGAUGUUAUCAAUAUGGGCUUCUAAAGGAGAUUAAGGUUUAAAGUCACUGACUAUUCAAGCUGUGCUUGUUUCUACCCAUUCUCUGUCCCUUGCUCUUGUGGGGCAAAAGUCCAGCCCUGGGGUUGGCCAUUUCUUUAUUCUGAACAUGCUUCCAUAGGUGCCAGGCAGUGUGCCUAUAUCCUGGAGACUUAAGACUGCCUUCUGUCUACACUGAGUAAUGAGGAUAAAAGUCUGGUGGUGGCUGAUGUGUUACAGCUUUGUCUGGAAACUUUUGCUUUCUCUCUGCUAGGAUGUAUUACCCAAGAAACAUGCGAAUGUGGAUGUCAGGACGACAAGGCAUUCCUGUCAGCGGCACACAGAGGCAUCUUUGAGCACAGAAUUGUCGUUGUGAGGUUGGAAGACCUUAAGCCUUUCUUCGGCAGCACUUGUUCCCCUUGUCCCCUUCAUGGUUCCCAUCUCCUAUUGCAUUAAGGAGCUAAGGCAUCCAUGUGAAUUCCAGCAGGACACUUGCUGGUGAGAAACCUCCGUUCACUGAGAAGGAAACAUCCUGGUUCAUCCUGACUUUCCUUUGCUUGCUGACUUUGAGAAGAUGCCACUGUGCUCGGGGCUCCAAGCCUCUAAAGAACCUCUGCCUGUGGAGGUGCGGGCUGUGGUGACUGCCUCCCUGACAGCCCAUUCACACUGCGUCUGUGGGGUGUGCAAAGACCUCUCACAAGGGGCCAGUCAGCCUCUCGUGGGGUGAACACUGUUGAAAACUUUAAUUCUAAGUUAUGUAGGAAUCAUCACCUGUGGAACAAGUCCAUCCACGACUAACUCCUAGUCAUCAAACAGCUUAAAGAGCGCAUUGGUAACUUUGCUCAGAUUAACUCAUACUCAGUCACCAACUUGGAGUCAGAACUCACAACACUUAGCACUUGUUCGUGAGAAGCACUUGUUCUUGAGAAGUAUAGAGGAUGAUGUUUACAUAAUUUUAGUACCUCGAGGUAUAAUAUGAACAGUGAGGUAAUUUUGAAUGGCAUUUCAUUAAGGCAUCUAUGGGCAUUAUGAGCUAAAAGCUGUGGUAUGUUAGCUUUAAAGAAUAUUUAUGUUGGAAUAUUUUUAAAAUAAUGUUUACAUAACUGUCAGGUCCUGUUUUGUUGGUAUUGAACACAGGACAGCACAUGAAAGUAUUUCCAAUUAAAGCCGAGGUAAAUCCCAAGCACCAAAAUUACUUUGGGAUAGGUCAUCAUUUUACACAAAAUAUUUGUAAAUGGCUAAAGAUUAUAUUUUUUAAAAGUCAGAAUAUACCACUGAAGACUAUGUCCAAUUAAAAUGAUUGCUGGGACUAAAAACUAGAAUAAUACAAAGAAGAGUAAAAGGACUGCAUAGGAAUAUUUCUCCUUAAAGCAGAAAAAACAAAGUAUUAUUAAUAAUAUAUGUCUGUAUAUAUGUAUGUAUGUAAAGGAUCAGCUGUCAAAGCCUUAAUCAAUGCCGUGUGGAAAAUGCUAACCCCUGGCUGUAGCUUUAUUGUGUGGGCUGUCUGGUCCUGACCCUACAUUUUAUGCUUCUUUCACCAAGCUCUGUUCUGGCCUUUCUGAGCCCUGGGCUGAGAUUCACAUUUCAUUCUCAUAUCUUAAUAGAUGGCAGACCCUGCCCAGGGUAAACUUUGUCAUGAUAAAUGGGACGGGUUACCUUAUGGCUCAGACCCCCACCUGCCUGUUCUGGUGGAUUCCAUUUCUCUAAACUUUGUAUUUUUGGAUGUUUUAUUUUGUCUUAUAUUGUCAAAAUUGAAACAGAAAUCAGGAUACAUAAGGUGGCUAUUAAGGUUUCUCUCUAGAGAGAUGAGAAUUCUGUGUAUUUAACCAUUAGAAAUCUAAGUGAGAUUAGCAGAUUCCAUGGAGAAGAGGGAGGGAGAAACAGAGUUGGUUUCAGGAUUUGUCACGCUUGUGGCACACUUUCUUUUUGCUCUUUGGUAUGAUCAUUUUCAGAAGCACACAGCUUCAACAGUUGUCUCCGCAUGGCCCUUUGCAACAAUGGGACCCUUAUGAAAACAUUUAUUUAGUUCUGUGAGUGAUGUGUUCCUAGAAGACAAGCUCUGAUUCAUCUGGGGCUGGACAGGCCUCUCCUCUGGAAGCCAGAAUAUAUAGGGCUCUGUGAAGCCACAGGUCCUGCAGAGAACCACAGGCUGGUUUCACAAGAGAAAGUCCACUCGGCAGAAAGACCAAGCCCCUGCCUUGGCUCUUCCAGUGCCCCAGUGACCUGACUGCAAACAUCCCUGGAGGUAGAUAAAUGAGCUAGAGGAUAGUUCUCCAGCUUGCUUUGUCCUAUAACUGAGUGUUAGGCCUUAGUGAUGUCACAGAUUUCCCAGACUAGAAAAUUAUCUUGUAACAAAUGACAUGAUGAAGUAUUUGGGGUCUGGGUGUCCGGCCUGGUCUCAUUCUGAUCUAUUCUGACCUAGCAGAAGCAUCCCAGGACAGGGCUAGGAUCUGGAAUUAACAUGAGUCAGUAGAAUUUGUCCAAACAGAGGAUAUGAGGCUAUACAUUGAUUCACUCCUUUCUUCUAAAGUUUCUGUUUCUCUUUUGCUUUUUUCCUCUAAAGUACCAGGAAUUCAGAAGUUGCUGAGCCUGUUUGAAUAAUUUGUUGAACAUAGUUAACUAGCAAAUUCACAUGGGAAUUUACCAUCUGUCUGGUGCAUUUGAUAACUCUCAGAUAAUCCUUGGUAUUGUUAGUAUUCAGUUUGGGAACAAAUAUUUCUUUGGCUUUUUCGGGUGUUUUUAAAGUUUUUUUUGUAGACUGAACUUGAACAAUAAUCCCAAGUACCUAAAAGCUUUCUUUAAAAAUUUUUAAAGUAUUAUCUAUGAAGAUAUGGGUUAUUUUUUAUUUUGUAUAGUUUUACAUUGCAUGGAAUGCCGGUUUCACAGAGAUCAUGGAGAGGAGCUAACACCUGUCUGUGUAAAAAGGAUGGUUUCAU